CCAACAUUCCCAGCUAGAUUCAAUGUUUCCGUUUCGAAACCUGUCACACCGGCAGCGACAACAACGACAACCAGUCGUCCAGAAACUCGCAGAACUUCUACACCCAGAAGAGUUAUUGAAACUCCUGAGGAAGAUUACGAGUAUUCCACUGAAGAAAUCCCGGUUGUUCCUUCGUCGAGGCCUCGUCUUCCACCACCGGAUUUGUCGAAGCAGUGCGCCUUGCCACAACAACCAGCUGCGGAUCCGGACGUGAAUUCCGACAGCGGAUUCCGAUUUGGCAACUCCAAGGACAGUCGCAUGGAGUUCCAAACCGUGGGCGACCUCAAGAGAAACACCCGAUUUUCAGUUUCCUUCAAGACCUAUGCCCAGGAAGGCGUCAUCUUCUACGUGUCCGACAAAUCCCACACAGACAAGAUCGCUCUGUUCUUGAAGAAUGGAUCGAAUUGCAUAUAUCUCAGCAUCACCAACGGAGAGCCCAAGUUCGUCGUCGGCAAGAAAAUGAAGCUGCAAAUGGACAUAAAGCCUAGGACGAAUGACGGAAUUUUGAUGGCCGUUCACGGCAGCUCAGGAAAGGAUUACAUGGUCCUACAAUUGAUCGAUGGAGCCCUUCACUUCAUAGUUGACAAUGGUGCUGGAAGCUUCAACUGUUCCCUGAAACUCGACGACUCAGUCAGCCUGUGUGACGGCAAUUGGCACAAUAUCCUUGUCGUCAAGAUCUUGAAUCUCGCCACACUGGCGAUAGAUGGCGUUUCUGGGCAAGCCGGGGUCGGGAAACCCGGAGUUUUCGUCACCAACACAGAGGAUCCCUUGUACGUCGGAGGGCAUCCGAAUCCUGUCGGACUUCCGGGAUUUUUGACAACUGAUCAAUACGUGGGUUGCAUCCGGAAAUUGUCAGUCAAUAGCGUCAGUAUCAAUCUGAGCGAUGGGCAAUCCGAUGGAAAGGUGUUCCUCAACUCGUGUCCCACAAUUUAGAAGACGAUGAACGUGGAUUGAUUUCAGCAGCCCGCCUUUAUUUGGAACAACUAUCGUUUCACAGAACUUUCAGUCAUUAUUGCGCGAUGUAAUAGUGAUCAUCUGCCGUUAUAUAUGUCAGACGGAGAUUUUCUUGACUUCAUUUACUCUUGAAAUGUAGACAAAUUAAGUUCCAUGAGAGAUUUCUUCCGAAAUUUACGAGUAGUUUCAUUGAUAACUGCAGAUUCAGAAAUACAACCAUUUUCUUUCAUUUCCUGUGCA